AUGGCAUCAACAUUGACGAGCAGCAAUCGAGCGAACAUCCCUGCUGUCUGCCGCAUUAAGGGUCGCGGCACCGCCACACUUAUAUCACCCGGCAUUCUGCUCACCUCCACGCACGUUGUGAACUCCCCGGCGGUUGCCAGUCAACUCACCGCUGUCUUCUUUGAGGGAUCAAAGAAGAAGCCGGUUGAGGUCAAGUUGCUACCGCAGAAUUUAUUUUUCUCCGCGUCGUACCCGGACUAUAUGGAUUACUGUCUCGUGGCAUGUGAGCAGUACGGCAUCUUCAACGUCACGCCAGCGAAGCUGCCGCUCAUCAAGAAGGAUUGGGCAGCCGUGCGGGAGGGUGACGUCAUACUCGUGGUGCAGCACCCCGUAGGUGAAGACACCGGCGGUGAGAGUGCCACAACUCACGACGACCCGGAAGAUGAUGAAAACGCCUCGGUGGUGGAGGUGAAACGGUUUGAAGAAGUGCUGCGCUGCCGCGAAGAUUUAUUCUACCUCAAAGCUAGCGGGAACGUGCGGACAGCUGGAUGCCCUGCGUUUAACGAUUGUGGCCAACUUAUCGGCUUGCAGUCGCAGGUGCGCCAUCACCGGGAGGGCGUGGUGAACCGCGUUGUAUCUAUUGUCUCCAUUGUGAAGCAUCUCUUCGCGAACAAGCAGUUAGAACGCAUUCAACAGCAAGUUACGUUUGAUGAAGUGUGGAACACGUGGUAUGUUGAAAACGAUAUAGCACGGAUUGUAUUGAUUAUGGCGAACUUCACUGACCGCGAGAUUGCACGCUCGGCGGCGGAGAAAUUGUGCGAACACACGUCACGCCCGAAUCUUGUGGAGAGUAUCCUGACGUCUGGCGGGGUGCAGUGCAUCGUCACCAGCCUGCGGCAGUUUGCGAACGACGAGGCGAUCGUCUAUCUGUGCCUUCGUGCGAUGUGGAACGUCAGCUUUGGUGAGACGGACUCGCAGCAUCUGCUUGUGGAGGGGAACGGAGUGGAGAUGAUCCUCGAUGCAAUGGAGGCUUACCCGGGGAACGAGGAGAUUGCGGAGUUUGCCACCGUCCUCCUUCACAACAUUUCAACAGGAAGCCACAAACCAGAUUUCGCGGGGGCACUUGGAUACCGCGCCUUGAGACUUGUCCACGCCGCGCUGCAGCGAUUCAAGGAAACAACUGUGCUGCAGAAAUUUGGAUUCAGCUUUUUCACCACCCUUCUCUAUGCUGAUCCGCAAAACGCAGAGACACUAGUGGCCCUUCACAUUUUAGAGCACGUCGUGUACCUGGCGGAGGGAAAACAGGAUCAGGUGUUCCUCAUGGAGGUUCUCAUGAACUUUCUCGGAGAGAUUGCACAGCACAAGAAGGCAAUAGAGAUAUGCUUCUCUGAUGGUGGACUUUUGUCGUUUGGUGGGCAGCACUGCCUUGUGAACCUCACAAGCCUCAUUAUUGACAUAAUGCUCAAGUAUCAGGAGAUGGACACAAUCCUGCUGCAGGGGAACCGUGCACUCUGGGGCAUUGGCAACGACUUGGCAUGCCGAGCGAUGAUCCUGCAGCAUCCGAAGAGUUACGAGGCGCUUAAGCUCUCUCUGCCAGCACUUAUAGCGAAGGCGAGAGUGAUGUAA